AUGGACGUCGAUGUGGAUCGGGGGACGUUAAAAAGUGGAUAUGACGCAGAUAUACAUAUGGGAGCCACUUGUCGAAUCUGUCGAGGUGAAGCAAGUGAAGAGAAUCCUCUUUUCCAUCCGUGUAAAUGCAAAGGUUCGAUCAAAUACAUUCAUGAAUCAUGUUUGAUGGAAUGGAUCUCUUCGAAAAAUAUAGACAUUAGCAAACCAGGUACGACGGCAACGUGUGAUAUUUGUCACUACCCUAUAAACUUCAGUACCACCUACGCGGAAAAUAUGCCAGAUCGGAUACCAAUGUCCCUGCUGUUGAGAAGAAGCAUGAUUUCGUGCUUCCAUUUCAUCAAGGAUGGAUUAACUUUGAAUCUGGCAGCCGUUUUGUUCCUGUUUGGUAUUCCCUUGACCUGGAACUUCUUCGGAAAGCUUUAUACGAUAAUUUUGGAUGGCGAACUACCCUACAAGGGUGAUUUCCACAAGAGCAUUGCCUAUGGUUAUAGAGACGAUGUUUCGGACAAUACAAGCUUAUUAUUGCAGUACACUUUGAACUAUAGGUUCUCAAUAUUGCAGAUCUUAAUGGUGGUCAUUCUUCACAUUAGCCUAUACUUUCAAUACGACAUGAUUGUGAGGGAAAGCGUAAUGGGUAAGAUGAUACUACACAAGAUUGGUCCACAGUUCACGAAGGAAGAGUUGAUAAAGAUACAGUUAAAGGAGAGAUUUCCGAUGAUGGAUGAGCAAACGAUCGAACAUGUCGCACGGUUGAUGAAGGCCAGAGAUGAAGUGACACAACAGCCUGACAAUCAAGAAGCUGCACAAUCUGAGGAUGAGGAAGACAACGAGAAUAAUGAAAUCGCUCAAGAAACGGGGAGCGACAAUGACGAGGAAGAGACUACCAACGCGUCUGCGACAAACUUACAGGACAACUUAAUAUCCGAUUCAGACUCUAACGGGGGCGAAGUAGAUGAUGAAGAACCAGAGGAUGAGCUAGUGAACAAUGCUAUGGAUAUAAACGAUACUGAUAUUCCUUUCCAGAGGCCUUUUGAUGCGUUUAGAAACCGCCAAGCUCAAAAUGAAUUUGACAACUUGAUUGAUCAACAGAACGAAUUGGCAAAUGGACAACCAAUUAACAUUGUAAAUCCAAAUGAUGAAGACAUUGGUGAAGAUCGUUUGAUGAAUGAAGAAGUUGAAGAUGAAAUGAAUCAGCCAGUACCACCACCGAUUGUUAUAAAUUUGAAAUUGAAACUUACAAACGUUUUGGCUUACUAUAUUGUAGCCGAGGUGGUAAUAGCAGCCUAUUUGGCUGUUGCUUACUUGUUACCAACCGUCGUAGGGUUUGGUCUGUUGAAGAUCCUAAUAUUUUUCGGCAGGAUUUUUGGGCAUGGCUUAGCUCAGCUGUAUUAUCUAUUUCAAUUACAAAGACCUUACCAUUUCGCUUUAAGGAACAUUCCAUAUUUUGAGCAGAUUGCUUCGGGGAUUUCGAGCAACAUUGUUGACACCUGGAUUUACUAUUAUGAUGGAUACACUAAUAACAGCCUAAGAUCGUCGAUGCUUGUAAGAAGUCUUCCAGCGUUAGUAUCCUACAUUGCCACUAUAACCCUUAUAAGUAUUGCCUCCGAGGUAAUUUGUAAAGGCUAUGGACGUGAAAGAGGUAUGAAAAACCGUACCAGAAGAUUCCUUUUCCAGAUUUUGUUUGCUAUCAAAUGCACUUUUAAAGUUUUUACAUUAUUCUUCAUCGAACUUGCUGGUUUUCCGGUUUUGGCUGGCUUAAUGCUGGACUUUUCAAUCUUUGCUCCCUUGCUUAACCCAGGAAAACAAUUAUGGGCUCCUCAAAUAUGCACUGCUUGGCCACCGCUAAUCUUUUUCAUUUAUUGGACAAUCGGGACUCUGUACAUGUACUGGUUCGCCAAAUAUAUUGGUAUGAUAAGACAGCACAUUAUCAGACCAGGCGUCCUCUUCUUUAUUAGGUCUCCUGAUGAUCCGAAUAUAAAAAUAUUGCAUGACAGUCUGAUUCAUCCUAUGAGCAUUCAAAUAUCAAGAUUAUGCCUUUCGAUGUUUAUUUAUGCUGUUUUCAUUAUCGUAGGAUUCGGCUUUCACACCAGGUUCCUGUUCCCCGUACUAUUGAAUUCGAAAUUACUGACAACUAACAACUUCAUCAGUUUCUGGGCCCCAAUGAUAUAUGUGAUACCCUUUUACAUCACUAAACAAAUCGUUGAGUCAAAACCGAGCGUCAAGCUAUACAUCAGAAAAUAUUGGGAGCGCGCGUUCGACGUCUCUGCAAGGAAACUGCGCUUAUCGUCAUUUAUUCUUGGCCACGAUAUUCCAAUCGAAAGAGGUCAUGUUCAUUAUCGGAAUUUCUUUUACAGGUACUUCGCUAAACACAAGGCUGAACUAUCCAACCCGCAACUGUUCACUUGCCCCAAGACUUUGGAUCAAGUGAAGCAGUUAUUCAAGGAAGAUCGUAAUGUUCACGCAUAUUUUAUCCCAAAUGGUAUUUUAAUGCGUGUUCCCUCGUCUGAUAUAGUUUCCAGAAACUACGUCCAGACCUUAUUCGUUCCAGUUACUAAAGAUGAUAAACUUCUAAGACCAUUAGAUUUGGAGGUUAUUAAGGCGCGUAAUAAACGCAAUGCCGGCGAUUUUGGGUACCUUGAUGAGCAGAACACCGAGUUUGACUCAUAUUCGAUAGUUUACACUCCACCAAAUUUCCGCACGAGAUACCUCUUGUUGCUAGUUUUCGUUUGGCUUUUCGCAUCACUACUAGUUUUGUUGACAACCCUUCUUUGCCAAUAUGUUGUCACAGCUAUCCUUGCGGUUAUCCUGGUUCCCAUUGCUGGAUUGUUGCCCAAUACUCAUUUUGGAUACGAAGCCUCCAAGCAUUUCAUCAAAACCAAAUUUCAACAGCUUGACAUAUUUUUUGUUUGCGCCGGUGCAGUCAUAUUAUCGGUAUUGCUUGAGAAAUAUCAUGCCUAUAAAAUGUCGAGAAUUAAUCUAGCUGACCAUAUUAUUCCUGUGGUCAACGAGGGCCUGGAUGAGCCGGAGCAUAAUGAUAACAAUCUUUUGGAGCGAGCCCCAGCUCCCCGGGCGCGAGACAUGCGUGCUACCAUUGAACACUUUUUAAAUCAUGGGGAAACAAAAUUCGUCGUUUAUGUGGUCUGUAUGCUUGCAGUUAUGUCCAUUCGCCACGUUACGCUCUCCUUUAAUCUGCGUUCACUAAGGACAUUUGGCCUAGGCUAUGUUUCAAGGAAGCAUUUCAGAGAGUUUGAGGUGAUAUUUUCACCAGCUCGCAUAUUGAAUGGAAGAUUUGAAGAAUUAGCAAUUCUAUUCCUGGAGAAUUUGACGACCUUAUACAUUGGUAGAAAAGCUGCAAGUAAUAGACAUCGUCCAUUUCUCACAUGGUUCAAGAUCAUAUCUGAAGAUUUGUUAGGUCAACUUUCAUUCAUUCUUUACACGACCAUGCCGCUCGUCUUAUCGUGGGUCUUCUUCUCUUCCUUGGAAUAUCUGUUGCAUUCGGAUCACUACACAUCAUUUGGCGCCCCAAUGAGAUUUUUAUGGCGCUAUAGGCUUCUGCCGCAAUCAAAUGAUAUUCAAUGGACUAUACCCCAACAUAUGUGUUUCUUAUCUCUCUACGUUAUCAUGAGCAGUUAUAUUGUUUGGCAAGGAGUGUCUGCAGCCAAGAAGUGGUUUGGUGUUGCCAUGCAAAAUGUUAAGGAUGAGGUUUACGCCAAAGGUAGAUCCUUACAAAACUUUUCUGGAAGUGAUGACUGA